GAGCUGGCCUUGCACAGCCUGGGUCCCCAAUUUGGUAAUUGGCGAUAUAUACGGCCAGCCGCGGCCACCGCAGCGCGAGCGGGCUGGUCAGCAGCGCACGUGCAGGCUCCGGGGUCCUUUCUUCUAUGCGCACAAGUCCUUUCUGUCCUGCUUUUCUUCGUCUGGUCCUGAAAUCCACUCCAUCUUCGGCUCUCGCCCAGCCCUCACCCCAAGCUCUGAACCUCGUCCUCUGCUGAAGCGAAAUGGCCACAGCCUUGAAUUUCUCACGUGGUUUCAAAGCGGAGCUGAUCCAACCCUAUAACUUCGAGAUGUCCCGGGACUUAAGGCCCUUUUUGGAGGAGUACUGGGGAAGUUCGUUCCUCAUAGUUCUCAUCUAUCUGUUGCUCAUCAUUGUGGGCCAGAACUACAUGAGAGCGCGGAAGGGCUUCCGCUUGCAGGGGCCUCUCAUCCUCUGGUCCUCCUGUCUGGCAAUAUUCAGUAUCCUGGGUACAGUGAGGAUGUGGAAGUAUAUGGGAAUACUGCUAUUCACUCGGGGCUUCCAGCAGACCGUCUGCUUCACCAGCUACACCGACGACACCAUAGUCAAAUUCUGGUCCUGUCUCUUUGUCCUCAGCAAGAUUGUUGAACUCGGAGACACGGCCUUCAUCAUCCUGCGUAAGCGUCCACUCAUCUUUGUGCACUGGUAUCACCACAGCACAGUGCUACUGUACACGAGCUUUGGCUACAAGGACAGAGUGCCUUCAGGUGGCUGGUUCAUGACCAUGAACCUGGGUGUCCAUUCCAUCAUGUACACCUACUACACCCUGAAGGCUGCCAAAGUGAAACAACCCAGCAUGCUUCCCAUGGUCAUCACCAGCUUGCAGAUCCUGCAGAUGGUGAUGGGAGCCAUCUUUGGCAUCUUGAAUUACAUCUGGAGGCAGGAAAAAGGAUGCCACACAACAAUGGAACACUUCUUCUGGUCCUUUAUGUUGUAUGGGACCUAUUUCAUCCUAUUUGCUCACUUCUUCCACAAAGCCUACCUCAGGCCCAAGAGCAAAGUUAAACCCAAGAGCCAAUGAGAGGUGGAAAGAAAGACGGAGCCUCAGGCUUUCCUCCAUGGCACUAAGGGUUAGGUGUGAGAAUGAUUAGGGUACCUUCCUUGUAUGUUUUCCCCCAUGGGACAUAUACCCCCGAGUGGCAGGAAGCUAUGACAACCAAGAAAUGUCAUCCUUGGAAUAGGGUGUGCUUUGAUCUUUCUGCCUUAAAUGUGAAGGCCAACCAAACCCUAGGAAGG